AUGCAUGGGGGAGGGCUCCGGUUAAUGCAAGUUCUGGGCUCCUGCAGGGAGCCCGACAACUGUCAGCAGCAGCAGCAACUCGGGGCCUCCUCCUCUGCUUCCUCAGCGAUGCUUUUCCACAGUCUGUCCGGCGCGGAGAUGCACGGGGUCAUCGACGAGAUGGAUCGGAGAACCAAAAGCGAAGCACCGGCCAUCAGCUCGGCUAUAGACAGGGGAGAGACCGAAACGACCAUGCCUUCCAUCAGCAGUGACCGGGCUGCCCUGUGCGCCGGCUGCGGGGGGAAAAUCUCCGACCGUUAUUACCUCCUGGCUGUGGAUAAACAGUGGCACAUGCGCUGCCUGAAGUGCUGCGAAUGUAAACUCAACCUGGAGUCCGAGCUCACCUGCUUCAGCAAGGACGGCAGCAUUUACUGCAAGGAGGACUACUACAGGAGGUUUUCGGUGCAGAGAUGUGCGAGAUGUCACCUGGGGAUUUCUGCCUCCGAGAUGGUCAUGAGGGCCAGGGAUUUGGUAUAUCACUUAAACUGCUUCACUUGCACCACUUGCAACAAGAUGCUGACCACCGGCGACCACUUUGGCAUGAAGGACAAUCUGGUGUACUGCCGCCUCCAUUUCGAGACUCUCAUCCAGGGGGAGUACCAGGUGCAUUUCAACCACUCGGAUGUAGCCGCUGGGAAGGGCCCGGCGUUGGGAGCGGGCUCUGCCAACACUCUGGGACUGCCUUACUACAACGGCGUGGGGACUGUGCAGAAGGGGAGACCCAGGAAAAGGAAGAGCCCGGGGCCUGGGGCGGAUCUGGCAGCCUACAACGCAGCUUUAAGUUGCAAUGAAAACGAUGGUGACCACCUGGAUAGAGACCAGCAAUACCCCAGCAAUCAAAAAACAAAGCGUAUGAGGACAUCAUUCAAACACCACCAGUUGCGGACAAUGAAGUCGUACUUUGCUAUUAACCACAAUCCUGAUGCCAAGGACUUGAAACAGCUAGCUCAGAAAACCGGCCUGACCAAAAGAGUUCUUCAGGUUUGGUUUCAAAACGCUCGAGCCAAAUUCAGACGGAACCUCUUACGUCAAGAAAACACAGGGGUGGAUAAGACUUCAGACUCAACACUACAAGCAGGGACCCCAUCAGGUCCUGCCUCAGAAAUAUCCAAUGCCUCCAUGAGUCCAUCCAGCACUCCCACUACUUUAACGGACUUGACUAAUCCUACUAUGCCUACUGUGACAUCUGUCUUGACGUCAGUGCCCGGAAGUCUUGAGGUUCAUGAAUCUCGAAGUCCUUCACAGACAACUCUUACAAAUCUUUUCUGA